UAUUCAGCAUCUGAUCAAAGAGAAUUCAGACGAAAUGUUCUGCCUGAGGAAUUACACUGUUUUCAUCUCAUGGGUGCUUCUCUUCAUCAUCCAGCCAGGUCAUGGUUCUGAGAUUAUUGAAGGGAAAGAAGUCAAACCACACUCGCUGCCUUUCAUGGCUUAUGUGGAAAGUGAAAAAUAUUCCUGUGGAGGGACUUUAAUCCAUCGAAAAUGGGUCCUGACAGCCGCCCACUGCACUGACAUGAUUCUGGUGACCCUGGGAGCGCACUCCAUCAGGAAAGAGGAAAAAAGUUCUAAGCAGGUCCGAGAGGUUGAGAAACAUUUUCCACAUCCCAACUAUCAGGAUGUAUCCCUGGGCAAUGACCUCAUGUUGCUCAAGCUUAAAGAACCAGUGAAGAAAACCAAGACAGUGAAAUGGCUCAAGUUUGGCCAAACUGUCAGAGACCCUGCAGCUGGCAGCGAGUGUCUGGUGGCUGGAUGGGGACUAACUGAAAACAACAAAACAUCAGAUGUCCUCAUGUCUGUCAAUGUGACUGUGGUCGACAGAAAGAAGUGCAACUCUCGUGAUUAUUACAACCAGAGACCUGUUAUCACCAGUGAUAUGGUCUGUGCUGGUUCAGAUGGUUUAAACAAGGCGGAUACCUGUCAGGGGGAUUCAGGAGGGCCGCUGUUGUGCAAGGGACGGCUGGUUGGAGUCACUUCUUUUGGACGGGGUUGUGGCAUCAUUGAUAAACCUGGAGUCUAUUCAUUUGUCUCAAAGAAGCAACUCGAGUGGAUCAAAGAAACAAUGAAAUCAUCUGAAUGAAUCUGCAGGUGUUGCUCCAUACUCCAUAGUUUUUGUUGCUUUCACAUUAAAUCUGUCAAU